AUGUACCAACAACGUGCGAUCCCCGCUCAGCUCGGCGCUCUCAACAAGCUAACGUGGCUCGAUCUGUCCCACAACCAGCUCAGCGAAAAUAACAACAGUAUUCAAUCUUGCUCGAUGUGUUCUCAACUGUUGGCGCAUUGGACUCCAAAUCGAGCGUACUCAGGGCACCAACUCAGGGGGAAUGGUACCUGCAGCACACCAAAGUCAAAGUUUAGAGAGUCCAGAACGUGUCCCGUGGCUUCUAGAACAUGUACAGGCCCCAUCCCAUCGGAGCUUGGGCACCUUUCAGUACUGAAGAGGCUCAACCUUUCUGGAAACCAGCUAAGCGGCCCCAUCCCACCGGAGCUCGGAAACCUUGGAGCACUGACGUCGCUCGCCCUGGGCGCCAACAAGCUAAGCGGCAACAUCCCGCCAGAGCUAGGAGAUCUCCGAGAGCUGCAGAGGCUGUGGCUCAGCGACAACCACCUCACGGGGCCCAUUCCCCCGGAGCUGGGAGAGCUCGCAGCACUGAAGUCUCUCUACCUUUUGAAAAACCAGCUGACCGGCAACAUCCCGCCAGAGCUAAGAGAUCUCCGACAGCUGCAGUGGCUGUGGCUCAGCAACAACCACCUCACAGGGCCUAUCCCGCCGGAGCUGGGCAAGCUAACAGCGCUGGUGCAGCUCCGACUGUGGAACAACCAGCUAUCCGGUCCCAUCCCUGUGGAGCUUGGACGGCUCGCCGUACUGGAGUACCUCAGCCUUGGGGGGAACGAGCUAACUGGCCCCAUUCCACCGGAGCUGGGAACUUGCGGCACUGAAGAAGCUCUCCCUUUCGAGUAA